AUGUACUCUUCAUCCAACACCUUCCUGGGCGGCGCCAACAGCGCACGCCCGGGACAGCCUUUGAUGCAACAGUCGCCAUAUUCGCAGCAAUUUGCCUCUGGUCAGCAGCAACAACCGCCACAACAGGGUGGAUUCGCGCCUCAGCCGACUGGCUAUGGCCCUCAAAUGUCCAGUUUCGGGGCCUCCCAGUUGCAGCCUCAAGCCACGGGGUUCCCGGCUGGUCAGCUCCAACCUCAGUUCACAGGGUUCCCGGGUGCAGUACCACAAUCGCAACAAACUGGCUUUCAGCCCCCAGUCCAACAGGCCCAGAUCACCGGAUAUCCCGCUCAAUCGCAGCCUCCACAGUUCCAGGUUCCCGCAAGUACUGGCCUCCCUGUUCGUCAGGCGCCUCGGACUUCGUCGGAAAUAGCGGAUUCAUUCCAAGAUGUUGCUGGCAUGGCUCCGCCUCCGCCACCUAAGGCGUCUGCCAGUAAAAUACCAAACAUUCGGCUCUCCUUCAUCACUGCGCAGGACCAGGCAAAGUUCGAGCAGCUCUUUAAGUCUGCGGUUGGAGAUAAUCAGACAAUGAGCGGUGAUAAAGCAAAGGAGCUUCUUCUGCGGUCAAAACUACCUGGUAAUGAUUUGUCCAAGAUCUGGGUUCUCUCGGAUUCUACUAAGUCUGGGCAGCUCUUCUUCCCCGAAUUUGCCCUGGCUAUGUACCUGUGCAACUUGAGAAUCACAGGUAGAGAAUUGCCAAGCGCACUCCCCGAGAAGAUCAGGAACGAAGUUUCCAGCAUGGUGGACAUCAUCUCCUUCCAAGUUCCUGAUACUCAACCGGAACCUGCUGUUAGAACGAACGUGCCAAAUUUCGAUGCACCUCUCUUGGAGAAUAAAUCUGCUCCCCCCGCCCCCCAGCAGCCACAGCCACAGCAGCCGAGCAAUGCGCAGCUUCUCACGCAGCUCACAGCGCAGCCUACGGGUUUUCCCCAGCCGACGGGGUUUCAGCAAAGUCAAUCCCCCUUUCCGGGCCAAAACUCUGCCCUUGCGCCGCAAGCCACCGGGUUCCCUGGACAGCCUCAGCAAUUACAACCGCAACCCACUGGAUUCAUGACCAAUCCUCAGCCGACUGGGUACAACGGUCCUCGCCCUCCAAUGCCACCAAUGCCUACCGGCUUUGGGUCAAAUUUGAGUCCUGCACAGACCGGGGGAGUAUCGGCUCUGGCCGCGCAGCCUACAGGCAUCCCAGGGCAAUGGGGUUUCGUGAAUGCUCCGGCAACUGGCUUGCCUAACAUCGAAGCUCUCAAGCAACAAUUGAUGCCGCAGCCAGGCCGCGAAGGUGGAUUCUCUGCGGUCGGCCUCUCUGGAAAUGCUCAUAUCCCCUGGGCUAUUACCAAAGAAGAAAAAAAGAUUUAUGACGAUUUGUUUCGAGCCUGGGAUGGUUUUCGUAAAGGCUUUAUCGGAGGUGAUACUGCGAUCGAAAUUAUGGGACAAAGUGGUCUCGACCGGUCUGAUCUGGAACGCAUUUGGACGCUAGCCGACCCUAAUAACAGGGGUCGGCUGAACAUGGACGAAUUUGCCGUGGCAAUGCAUUUGAUCUACAGGAAACUAAACGGGUACCCAGUUCCGAACCGCCUGCCCCCGGAGCUUGUUCCCCCAUCCACGAGAAAUUUGAACGAUUCGAUAGGCACGAUCAAGUCCAUGCUGUCCCAAGAUGCAGAGAUGUCUCCAGGAGGAGGUCGGAAAGAUGCUACAUUGUUCAAGAACAACGAUGAGGCGGCUGCUGGAUAUCGCUCCAGCGCACGCCGUCGCGUUGGCAACAAUGGCCGUACGCCAUCCCCUGCUGCUUCCCAGGCUUCGGAAGAAGAGCUCUCCGUGGACCAGCUGAAGAAGAAGAUACGUGAAGCCCAGAUUAUGUUGGAUGCGGUGGAUUUUCAAGACGAGAAUCAAGCGGAGGAAGACGAUGCUCUAGACCGGCGAGACCGAAGAGAAGCGGAGAGUCUUAUGGAUCGGAUACGGCGGGUACAGGAUGAUAUUGACACCCACCCCGAUGCUUCCUUCCGUAACCUUGAUACCGGGGCCGAACGGAGGUCACUACGUCGUCAGCUGCAGGCUUAUGAAGAUCAAGUCCCUCAAGUGGCAUCGGAGGUGAGGCGUGUUGAGCGGGAGAUCGCGGAGGUUAGACUGGAAUUAUUCCGCCUGAAGGAUGCAAAGGAGCAUCCAAACAGUGCCUCUUCUAUCGUGGGUACAGGCCCAGGGGGCACAGUCACUGAAGCCGAUCGUAUCAAAGCUCGUGCCCGUGCCAGAAUGCAAGCUCGCGCCGCUGAACUUGCCGGAAGGCCCGUUCCCGCCAGCCAAGACGACGAUGGAGCUGCAACUCGCCGACUCGAAGCUGAGAAUGCUACUGUCAAGGCUGAAAGGGAAAGAAACGAGACCAUGACUCGCGACGUCGAGGAGAGUGUUCGAGAGUUUGCGCGGAGUCUGGAAGACAGUCUUAAGGAUGGUGGUGAAAGUUCGACGCGUGAGCAUGAACGGCGACGCUGGGAGGACGCCUUGGGCGUUGAAGAUGUGGUUCGCGAUUUUAUCUACGAUUUGAAGCGUAGCAGCCGCACCGCGCAUGUUCGCAAGGAAGAACAACAAAGAGCGGCAGAUACGCAAAGCCAGCGGUCUCGCUACAAUGAGUCGCCAUUGGGAGGUGCAGCUGGUUCGCAACAUUCCCCGACGCCUACCGGCUCAGUCGUGUCAGCUGGCUCCACGCAUGAGGACCGCGUUGCGGCUGCUAGGGAACGUGCGCAGAAGCGGAUCGCUGAACGGAUGGCUGCUGCAGGGCUCAAGCCUCACAGUGACGCAGGAGAGACUCUGCUUCAACGGCAAGAACGCGAGAAAAAGGAACGUGAAGAGCGGUUGAGACGAGCAGAAGAAGAAGAUGCUAAGCGAGAGCAAGAGCGACAACGCCGUCUGGCUGAAGAGCAGGGCGGCCCAACGGCGCAAUCUGCUAAGCCAGCUAGCAAGAAGCCUCCUCCAGCACCGCCUUCUCGGAAGGGUCGGACUGAUAGUGCAGGCCAAGCCGAGGCAAAGAAGGCAAGGGAGGAAGCAGCUAAAGUAGAGCAAUCUACACGGGAACAAGCUAUUAGAGAGGAACAGCAGGCGCAGGAAGAAGAGACAGCCCGCCUAGAGGCUGCUGCCAGAGAACGCGAAGCAGAAUUUCUGAAGGAGAAGGAGGCCCAGGAGGCCCGUCUUGCCGCACUGCAAGAACAGGUCCGACAAGGGAAGAUCAAAAAGCAGGAAGAGAAGCGUCGUAAGGAAGAGGCAGCCCGCGCGGCGAAAGAACAGGAAGCGAGACUCGCCACCCAGCGUGCUGAACUUGAGAUGGCCAAAGAGCGCGAGCGUCAGCUUCAAUUGGAGCUGGAAGGCUUGGAUGAGAGCUCCUCGGAUGAAGAAGGCCCUAUCAACAUCACACCGCAGGACAGUACUCCGACUCAGAGUCAAGUGCUUCCUGCGGUAGACACCGCGGUGCCCCCCCCAGCUCCAGCUCCAGCUCCAGAGCUAGAUGUCGUGACCAGUCCCGCUGAGUCUGCUAGUAGCCACGCUGCGCCCACCAGCAUUAGUCCGGAAGCAGAGUCCAAGAAUCCCUAUUUCAAGAGAAUCAGCCAGUCCGACAGCCAGGUGCCGCCUCCACCACCUGCACCUCAGCCUGCCGCUCCGAAAGCCGAGUCUCAGUCGACCAACCCCUUUCAUCGGCUGGCACAACAGCAGGAGAGCUCCAAGCCUGCCUUCACUGCGCCCGGUCCACUGGAACGCAAGUCUCGAGUGCGUCCCGAGGUGGAUGAUGACUGGUCGGCGGCUGGAUCGGACUUUGACGACUCGUCUGAUGAUGAUGAUGAACGGCCGGGUGGUGGUAGCGCGAAGCAACUCGCAAGUAUACUCUUCGGCACAAUGGCUCCUCCCCGGCCUCUGAGUGCCAUGGAUGACAAGACUCCUUCAAAGUCGUCUACCCCCGUCCAGGACAGUCCAGCAACUCCCACACCGCCGACUGAGGCAGCUGAAUCCCCCGCUGCUGUGCCUCCUCCCCCGCCACCUCCGCCAGCCCCCGCCCCGGCAGUGCCCAGUCCCAGUGCUGCGGCGCCACCUCCGCCGCCUCCGGCUCCCUCCAUGGCCCCCCCGGUGCCGCCUCCAGGCGUUCCCCCACCACCCGCGCCCCCGGCUGCUCCCACGGGCGGCGCUGGUAGAGGUGCCUUGCUAGCAUCGAUCCAGGCAGGAACGGGGCUUCGAAAGGUCCAGACCAACGAUCGCAGUACUAGCUCUUCCGCAGGACGUGUUCUGGACUGA